AUGAAGUUUCAUCCAAGUGUUGUAGGCGAACUUCGCCAUGAGAACGAAAAUCUUGAAUAUAAACUUAAGUUAGAAAUAACUAGAAAAUAUGUUUCAAAAUAUGAUGUUAUACAGUUUCUUACCUCAGGUCCUGGUCAUUCGUUGUGGUACAGUAAAAAUAUAAAUCAAAAGGUACUGGAGAAAGUUACACUUGCUGAAAAACAACUUCAAGUUGUAUCAAGUAAAGAAAUUAUGGUUUAUGGCUUAGCAUUCAUUCCUGGUCAUGGCCUUCUCUUGUCAACAGAUGGAGAUACGCUUAAAAUAAUUCCAGAAAACAGCGAUGAAAUUCUUGAUUCUCAUUUCGCAGUAGAUUCUCUAGAACCGAAAUGUAUCCAUGUAACAAAGGAUAAUAAAUUAGCUAUCAGUGCAAUAAGUAAAGGACCUCUGUAUCCAGCAGCCGGCCAACGAGUAGUCAUAGUCAUGGACAUGGAAGGAAACAAACAUUCUACGUUUGAGUUCGACAAAAAUAUGGAACGUUUGUUUACCUAUCCAUGGGGAAUUGCUAGUACGACUAAUGGAAAUGUUUUCAUUUUAGACAGAACGGAUUGUAAUUGUGAUGGAAGGUUGGUUGUUUUAAACCAAGAAGAUGGAAGCGUUAUAGAUAUAUUUAAUGGCAGGGAAAAACGGAGUUUCGUUCCAAGAGGAAUAGUGUCAACAAAUGCUGACAACAUUAUCAUAACGGACUGUGAUGAUCCCGAGUUAACCCUACAUAUUUUGAACAAUUCUGGAAAGCUGAUUUCCUACUAUAAUACAAGUGACAUUGGCAUACAAAAACCAUUUUCAAUGUGUUAUAUAUCAGUAUGUAUGGUCAGAUUAUGUUUCUGUAUGUGA